AUGGCCGAUAAAUCUAAUGCACGUUCCGAGGAGCAGCACGCGACAACGGAUGCGUUGAAACUAGUCAAUCGUCUGAGCGAAAGCCGAUCUCCUUAUGUCCGUGGCCACAUGCACAAUCCAGUUGCCUGGCAACUAUGGGACUCGAAAUCUAUUGAACUGGCAAAGAAACAUAACCGACUGAUUUUUGUCAGUAUCGGUUACUCAGCUUGUCAUUGGUGCCAUGUGAUGGAAAAAGAAUCGUUCAUGUCGACAGAAGUAGCGACCAUCCUCAACGACUCAUUCAUACCGAUAAAAGUUGACAGAGAAGAACGACCGGACAUUGACGAUGUUUACAUGAACUACGUGCAAGCCACGACAGGCUCGGGCGGCUGGCCGCUAAAUGUUUUCCUUACUCCAGAUCUUGAGCCCGUCUUUGGAGGAACAUAUUGGCCGGGUCCACAAGCAAGCUCACAGUCUCAAUGGGGAGCCGAGGGUCCCAUUGGGUUCGUUGAUAUUUUGGAAAAGCUCCGCGACGUCUGGCAGACACAACAAGCCCGGUGCCUAGAUAGUGCGAAAGAAAUUACAAAGCAACUGCGCGAGUUCGCAGAAGAGGGCACCCAUACACAACAAGGAGCCAAGGGCGGUGGUGAAGAUUUGGAAAUUGAGUUGAUUGAAGAAGCAUUUCAGCACUUCGCAUCUCGAUAUGAUCCACUAUACGGCGGGUUUGGCCGGGCGCCUAAAUUUCAUACACCAGCAAAUCUCAGUUUCCUCAUCCGACUUGGUAUGUAUCCGUCAGCUGUGUCGGAUAUUGUUGGCCAGGAUGAAUGUGUGAGGGCCACAGCAAUGGCGACAAACACCUUGUUAAAUAUUGCUCGCGGUGGAAUACGAGAUCAUAUUGGACACGGCGUGGCACGAUAUAGUGUAACGGCCGAUUGGCUAUUGCCUCAUUUCGAAAAGAUGCUGUAUGACCAGGCUCAGCUGUUGGAUGUCUAUGUGGAUGCUUUCCGGGCAACACAUGAGCCGGAACUCUUGGGUGCCGUCUACGACCUUGUAAGCUACCUGACAAGCGAGCCAAUACAAGCUUCAACCGGUGGGUAUUAUUCCUCCGAGGAUGCUGAUAGUUUACCUACGCCAAACGAUACGGAGAAACGGGAGGGGGCGUUUUAUGUGUGGACCAUGAAGGAGCUUAAACAAGUUUUGGGACAACGGGAUGCCGGAGUAUGUGCACGACACUGGGGUGUGCUUGCAGAUGGUAACAUUGCCCCUGAAAAUGAUCCUCAUGAUGAAUUCAUGGAUCAAAAUGUCUUGUCUAUCAAAGUCACACCGAGCAAGCUUGCAAAAGAAUUUGGCUUGAGUGAAGAAGAGGUCAUCAAAAUCAUAAAAUCAGGAAAACAGAAGCUUCGAGACUAUCGAGAAAAGAUACGCGUGCGACCUGAUCUUGACGACAAGAUCAUUGUGGCAUGGAAUGGAUUGACCAUUGGCGCACUGGCAAAAGCCAGUGUUUUGUUGGAAGAAAUUGACAAAGUCAAAGCACAGCAGUGCAGGGAUUCUGCGCAUAAGGCUGUGGAGUUUAUCAGAAAAACGCUAUUUGAGCCAUCAAGUGGUCAGCUUUGGCGUAUAUAUCGUGAUGGACAUCGCGGAAACACGCCUGGAUUUGCUGAUGACUAUGCAUUUUUGACGUCUGGACUUAUUGCCAUGUAUGAGGCGACGUUUGACGAUAGUUAUUUGCAGUUUGCAGAACAGCUACAAAAACAUCUCAAUCAAUAUUUUAUGGCACCCGGAGGAGAAUCUGGUACAUCAGCAGGAUACUACACGACAUCGUCAGAACCCAUAUCAGGCGAACCAGGUCCGUUACUCCGACUAAAGAGCGGUACUGACUCGGCGACACCAUCAAUCAAUGGUAUAAUUGCGCGGAAUUUAGUCCGACUGGGAACACUUCUAGAAGAUGAUAACUACCGACGACUAGCACGACAAACCUGCAGUACCUUUUCGGUGGAGCUAAUGCAGCAUCCAUUCUUGUAUGUGAACAUACUAGAUGCGGUGGUUGGUCUGGAGCUGGGUAUUCGAAAUAUCACUGGCGUUCUCGCGACGGAUGUCGUGGCUACACCGAUUCAAAAAGAUGCCGCAGCAGAAACACAAGCGAAUAAGACCACGGCAGACGUCGUGCGUGAACGAGUACGCGCGGAGGCAGGCUCAGGAGCGUCUACAUCCGUGACGACGGUGUCGAUGGUCGACGUCCGAGGAUCAAAUACAUCGACAUCAACAUGGCUCCAGUCGCGAAAUCCGUUAUUCAAAGAUCUCAAACCUGGUACGCCACCGAAGAAUUACUUGCUUAUCUGCGAGACGGGCAGUUGCCGGAUGGUGGAUGUUUGA